AUGCAAUACGGCAAAUACAAGAUUAACCAUUCCAAGGUAACUAUACGUCCAAUCUUUGUUAAAAUUUUGAGUUUCUGGCCCCUAAAUUGCAAUAAACACAUUGAGCUGAUCUCCCAUUUCCUAUAGCAGCCACAAGCAACUCUGGUAUCUUUCUCCAGCCUAUUAAACAACGACAAAAGCAAGGAGGAGGUUUUUUGUUGGCAAGAUCCAAUCUUAAAAACUAUUGAUUAUAGUUGUUUGCUCAGUCGUAACGCUGUUGCAAAUGAACAAAGUUAAAAUGUUACACACAGCUACUGGGAAAUGAACUGUUCGACUCAUGCGGAUGUUUGCGACUUCAUUGAGGAAAAGGUGCUCCUUAACACCAUUUUCACCUACUUUAAACUUACAUACAAUCUGGCAUCUUCCAAUAUCCUGUUGAGGCGAAUUGUUUCUCCGCUUUUUGCGUCUUUAAAGAUAAAAAGGUUAACAUUAUAUCUGAAAGUAUGUCGAAACGAUUGCAUGGUGGUUCGGUAAAAAAAACGGAAACUUCUGACUUUCUGAGUGUGCUGUAGUUCUCCAUUCUCUUGAUUUUCAAUGAGUAAGCGCCAUAUCUCCUCCUUUUUGUCAUAAGUUCGGAUUAUUAUAUUGUGAGGGACUGUAGUUCUAAAUAGAAAGCAUGUGGUUUAGGAAAUUUUGGGUGAAAUUUGGAGCAUUAUGCGUGGCGAAUUCUUGUUGGUCAUAAAAAUAUAUAUUAUCUAUCAUGUAUGUGACAUUUACAGGUAUAGUUAGACCAGAGAACAUGCACGUCCCGUUAUAGAUACCUCACAGGCUAGUUGUGUAUAAUAAACCAAGAUGGUUACUCCUGUCUAAGGUUUUCGCAUUUACUUCUGAGUUCUGAUUGGUCACGGGUUAACUGCGUGCGACGACUAAGAACUGCAACUCUUGUGCGGAACGGAACGUACAAGGAGGUAUCCAAAAAACGAGAAUCAUUUUUUUCAGGCAAGUAGAUUGGCAAAUGUUGGCCUCUCCCAGUAGGUACGUUUACCAGACACCUUUCCCACUCAGCUGGCCAAGUGGCGUUCGCGAGAAACCAUAGCAGCGAACAGAGUGAUUGUUUACUCACCCCCUCCCCCCCCCCCGCCGUCCCAACGCUCUCGGUGAUAUUUUGCACAGCAAGUGAGAUCAAAUUUGAAGUCCACGAUGGCUAGGUUUUUUGACAUAAAAGGCUUCAUUCAGGUUGAAUUUGUUCCUUUUGUCAACACAGCGAACAGACACUGCAGUCUGUAUGCAAUGAAGCGAUUUUGUGAAGCAGGGAUAAAAAAACUACCUGAAUUGUAGCGAUCGGGGGGUUAGCUGAUACGACAGUGACAAUGCGUUUUUUGUCAAAACGGCAUGACAACAGCUUCAUACACUCUUCCCCUUUUUCCCUCGACCCAGCCCCCUGCGAUAUUCUCUUAUUUCCAAGAAUGAAGAAAGAGCUAAAGGGGGAUCGUUUUCAGAACGUGGAAUAGGUUAAUAAGGAAUCACUGGAGGCACUUAAUAACAUUAGUUCGGAAGAAUAUUUAAAUGCUUCGAGCAGUGGAAAACCCGUUGAAAAUGUGCAUAUAAUCAGAUGAACAGUAUUUUGAAGGCGACUAAUGAUUUGGGAUGCUAUUUUGUAUGAAAGUUUAAGUAAAUUAUUCCCACUUUUGAGCAUCCCGUCGUACGUGCUCAUUGCUGGAAGACACUCCUUCAACGUUAACGCAGUAUUUUUCAUCUUCAACCAAAGGAGAAUGCGUCCAUGGUUUAAUGUUUGAGUGGUUGUGUGAAUUUGCGAUGUUUAAGGCGUCUGGAUUCAAAGUGAAGAUUUCCUGACAUGUGGUCUUGGCGUGUGUCUGACCGAAGACUGCUAGUAAUUCAGAAGUAGGCAAUGCAUUCUGCCUUAUCCUUGUUGUAAUUCCAGAUGCGGUCACUGAAAGUGGGCACAUACAUUUAAGCUUCUAGUUUUCAGAUGUCCGAGUAGGCGAAAUAAGAAAUAUAUCAGCAAGGCGAUAUGUGGAAAUCUAACGACUGAGACAUAGUCAAAUUGUUAAAGCCCGUUGCUGAUGAUAUGACAACCGAGGAACUUUGACUGGCUCAAAGAGUCUGAAUUUGUGAAGUCAAUCAAUUUGCGUCCUGAUUCCACUGUCAAAUUCUCGAAGAUCCAUGAGUAAAUAGACUUGUGGUUUAUUAUCAACGAUCUUUCCUUAUUCUUAUCCUUUGUUCUCAUGUAUUUUGUUCAUAUUUUGAUAUUUAAUUAUUGGCAGCUAAGUAGUACUGCUACAGCAAUUCGCAAAGCCCCAAGGAGUUUGAUGGGGUCAUUGUGCCAUAAGAUACAGCCACUAAGUGCUGCGCUCACUCAGCCAUUAGUUCGGAUCUAUUCAGGUGCUGCUGACAGGCGGAUGCGGGCCAAAAAUGAAGUUUUUGGAUGUUCUUCGAUUUCGGCCCCUCGAAUUCGAAUUGGAAUGUGAGGGGGCUAAUACCGCCCCCAAUGAAUGCGGCCGUCUAUUCGGAGAAGAUGUGACAGACGCCGAGUUUGGCAUGCUUACAUCGACAAUCAAUUCGGCAAAAAUGGACAUGGUCAAGAGAAAACCCAAGUAUCAUCGAAAGGCCCUCGUUUACCUUGACUCAGUCCUGAAGGCGUGUGGUCGACCGGUUUUUCUUGCAGUACCGUUGUUGGCCUGUCGUGGACAGAUACCCUGCAUUCAGCGAUCCACGACAUCCGAAUACUCAGGGCUUUCCACGGAGGACGUGGAUGUAUUUGGGGAACCAGAUUUCCUUCUCUCACUGCGACUAGAAUAUUGGCACUCUAGUUCGGAUCCAAGUAACACUGAGGGGAGACACAUCUCCCGCAUAAUUGUCAUAAUUCCUGGUCAGUGUCUGGAAAACAACUCAGGUAGGUUGCUUUUUUGAAUCACACCCUUUAUAAGAGUUAGCCGGGACGUUUACGUUUCUUAACAUUGCUAAUUUGGUCAAAGGACUGAAUAUGUUGUCAAACAAUUCUGUCAGACACAGUCUAGCCGAGGACCACAAACAUCAGUUAGCAUUUUCUUGCCUCACGCAUACACUUAAUGCUUGCCCGAAUCCCCUUGAGUCCUUAACCCCUUAGCCGAUGUUGUCCUGUAGGAAACAGUAUCUUUAUGAUGGAAUAAGAAUUUGGUGACAAAAAGAGCCGUUGAAGCUAUUAGGAAAACUGGAUAAUCAAAAGUUUCUGAAGUGAUUAUCCCGAUAAUAGGGAUAAAUGAUUAACAUAUAUUAUAGCAAAAGAGGACAACAAGCUCCCUAAGAUGUGUUUUUUGUUUGAAACCCAAACUCGACCGUUCAAUAUCAGAUCAACGAGUUCAGAGUGUACCCCGCUUUAUAAGAUUCGUAGCCACGUAUGGCACCUUACAUGUCGUGCUUGCUGUCUGCGAAUCGAAUGGAUUAUCCAUCCCGCUUGCGAUUUCACCAAAGUGCUCUAUGUGCUCUAAGUGCCCCAAAGUGCUCCAUCACUGUGGAGAAAACUGGUGGUUCAAAGGGGAUGAGCACUUAAAGCCCGACCCCCAAUGAGAUUGACAGUCCUUUGGGUGGCAGCCCAAGACUGAGUACACUGGAAAACGAAGCAUGUAACUUUGACUGCGCGUCGGAUUAGCCAGUUUCUACUGAGAGACAGGCGCAUCAUUGCUCGGAUAUUCAGGUUCUAAAUGAGUGCAUUCUGAUGAUUGAUUCUUCUUAUGCGAAGUGAAUAUCUUUGAUAAAUUCCCAAAAAUCAACAGACGACCCAGAUUCCCAAAGAAAAAACCCAAGUAACGCGUCUUACUAGGAGGGAAAAGAUCCUAAACAACGCUCAUCCUCGUGUUUUUGUGAAGAGUUCCGUCAACAUUAUUUGCUCUCGAAAGACACGAGUGCCCUGUUUCUCAGAGUUUUGAAAUAAAGAAAAAGGGCCCAUAUUUCGAUGGGCAGUCAGAACAAGGCUCACAUAUUACUGCGAAUACUUAAAGCAGCGCUGCCAGGAGGUAAACCGAUCGUUACUACCUCUGCAGGGCUAAUCAUUCAUGAUUUUGUGAUCGCCUUCGAGCGCUGCGGGUCAACCAAAUUGGUGGACACCACUCUUGAGUCACUGUCAGUAUUCCCGAUCUCUUUUAGGCAAAUAUGAGCCACUUGAGCAACAGGCAGAAUUAUAAACUUAAAUUGUAUGCGUCUAAAUUUAUCUGCCUUAGAGCCGAUAAAUCUAAGGUAGAAGGCACCCUAUGGGUAGAUCACGGUUAUAAGUACUUACGUAUUAGAUUUGCCCCUGCGCCAAAUUCAGGGUGGUCAGGAUUAAGGUUGGGGCCACUGCUAAGGUUAGGGCCAGAGUUAGGGUUAGUGUUAAGGUAUGGGUUAGGAAUAAGUAUCCCCCUGAAAUUUAACGCCUGGCCACUUAUAGUGCGCGGCACUUAUAAUCGUUUCCAACCAGCCUAUGCAUUUGAAACCAGGGCCAGUCUGUCGUUUGUAGGUCCGAGUCCAAAAUUCGGUCAUCAGCAAUGCCCUGGAUUCGUUCAUUUGUGCUAAAUAUCUCCAGAUAGUGAUUUCUGGAGAGUAUCUGUGAAAGAGGGGCUUCCGCCAGCAAUGAGGGCAACCACAGGGUCGCGGUGGUUUAAAACGCUUUAAAAAGUUCAAUUUCUGAAGCAUAACCUUGACGUCGUCUACAUUUUCUGACGAACUAGAACAUUUAUCUGUAGGAUGACAAUAGAAACCGGGAAAACCACACGGCGGUACCCGAUUUAAGUCCGGAUCCUCGAAUUUGCGUAAGACGCAUUACGACUGAGACAUUUGAGUCCCACAUGAUAACUAUGCGGUGUGGCCUUCUGAUCCGCUUACUCAACUGCGAUUAAGUGGUUGAAAAGCAUACUGCUGCCUUUCUCAAAUUCAACAAAGCGUAAACCCAUCCCCACCUAACUCUUGCCUAGGCCAAAAUAAAAUGCUCAGUAUUCUCUCGUCAACGACUUUUACAGACUUCAUUGCAACCUGUAACCGCACCCGUGUGUUCUAAAAAGAUUCUUAUUGGUUCAGUACAUAACAGUUUCCAUUUACUCAUUCGAUUCGUGUAAAACUCUGACAGGGAAUUAAAACAGUCACUAGAAUUUCGUAUUUGCUUGUUGAGCCAACUAACGCACCACGAAGUAUGGAUGAGUGCUUACCUCUGGGUGACAAAUGCCUCUCAAAAAGUACUUUUUAAGUGUAUUCAAAAUGGAGCAAAACUCAUCCUCAAAGGAAAGCCUCCUUGGUUGUUCAUAGGCUCUUACUUCGAAAAUCCGACUCAAUGCGCCAUCAAUACUGCAAAGAGGAUUAUUGACGAGGUCAAAAACGAGACCAGCUCAUCAAAGAGUUUCGAGGAUGACAGUUCAGAACACAGAUCGCCGUCUCCGACUCUGAAGGUAGCCGGGUUCAUCUUCUGCGACCCAUCUGGACGGCACAUAUUCUUUAUAGAGACCAGCGAGGAACGAUUAGCUCACAAGCUGGCCUCCAUUUUCUGUCGCCUGGCUUCGCAGUACACCAGACAUAAGUUGGACCAGGCGCCAAGAGUACUUUACAAUACAACUCUGAAGUUUACGUCCUACCUUUUUGUGAAACUGCAUCACCUUUGUUUAAAGGCUCCUCUGCAGAAAUUUGUGGAAGGGGGUCUGCUGUACAUUCGAGACCUCGUCCCCGAACCUGCCUUCGAGGCUCUUACACGACUGUAUACUCUCGCUGAGCACUGUCCUAGCUUUAGUGCGGCCCUGCGGCUAAACCUCCUUCCAGAUCCCACCGGGAUUCAAGCGCUUUGUCAACACUUUUGUUUGUGGUCUACGGAUUCCUGA